AUGCAACGAGUGCAGAUAAGCCCCGAUGGGGUAGACAGUAAUCCGGCAGACGGUAGUGUCGGUGCAUCCGAUAGACCCGACAGCGUAGCUGAGAAACCAAAGCCGGCUUCCUCAGAUGAACCUGAUCAGUGUGGGGAGGACUGGGAGCGUUGCGCGCGGAUCCUCGCGCAACACAGCGACGAGAUGGUGCAGCGUUGGAAGAGCGAGAUUGAUAUGCUCCUUGUUUUCGCUGGUCUGUUCUCCGCUGUUUUGACUGCAUUCAAUGUGCAGUCGUAUCUGCUACUCCAGCCUGACGAACAAGGCGAAAUGCUCGCUACCCUUGUCGCUAUGUCUUCCCAGAUCAAUGGAUACACUUACUCUCCGCCGUUCUUGAAUGCGACGGUGAAGGUUCCACCGGGUGGUAACAAACCAUUUACACCGCCCUCGUACGCCAUAUGGCUCAAUUCCCUUUGGUUUUCCGCCCUCAUCUGUACACUCUCCGCGUCCUCCGUGGCUAUCACGGUCCGUCAAUGGUUGCACCAAUACAGCUCCGGCCUCACAGGGACCUCCCGCGAAGUUGCCCGACUACGACAGUAUCGUUACGAAAAUCUAACGAAAUGGCGCGUAGCGACCAUCGUCACAAUCCUACCCGCCCUCCUGCAGCUCGCCCUAAUCCUGUUCCUCGCUGGAUUGCUCGUCCUCCUCUGGAACAUUCAUCCCAAAGUCGCUCUUGUGGCCUCCGUCCUCGUUGCCAUGCUCCUAUCCUUCAACGUCGCGGUAACUGUCUUGCCAGCCUUCAGGGCCGACUGCUCAUACCAAUCUCCCAAUGCCUUGUGCAUUUACAUCGUCGUACAAUACACAGGUGGACUCAUCAGGCUCGUCCUCGUGGCUAUCGAUAAAACCGCAUAUCACAUGGGUAUGUGUCGUUCAACCGUCAUCCGAGACAUUUGCUGGUCCGUAAUGCGGGUUGUCCGUCGCGCCCUUCGCUAUCAAGGAACGUGGGGUAUGUUUGAUACUUGGGAGAUAAGGGAGAAGCACGAGACACACGCCCUCGCAGGAGAUUUCGACUUCAGCUUGCUGCAGAAGGUCUACGAGAUCACCUUAGAUGACCACCUCCUCGAAACAACGAUGGCGCGUUGCAUGAAGAGUCUCGAGCCGAUUACCACACUCCGGGGAUGCGUACAGUUCCUGCACACGAAUACCACAGUAGAAGAUCUGUUCGGCUCUACGCACCCCGAUAGCGAUCGCUCUGCCGAUGUCCGCUUCGCUCAAGGUCGCCGAAGAGCACGAUACCAGACCUUCCUCUUCAAGCAAGUCCUCAUCCUGGUGCCUCAAUGUGCGGAGUCUAUCGGACCAUCCUCCAGGAGGGCCUUCGAUGACAUCGCUCGGAAAGUCAUUGCGCUCGUCCCACCAAUCACGAUAGGCCCAGAGAGGCAUCUCUCCCAUGUUCACUCAGACCGCACGACCGAUAGCGCAUCGCUCCUACACGCCUUAGCGAAGCUUGUGGUCGCCGACGUUGCCACCGCCGAUGCGUUCAUGAAACUGAUCGCCAACGUCAAACAGUUGGAUUUCCGCUCCGGUGGGCAGGGACUGCGUGGCCUAAACGCAGAUAUACUUCAGAGCAUCAUCGAUGCCCUUCCUACGACUCCGAACGAAGUCGCCAAGAGGCUGGAUUGGAGAUAUAGUCUUCUAGCUGGAGACUAUUUCGCGACGGUGACUGGUCUCAUCGACGUCAUCCGAUGGGUUCAGUCAAUCCCUGGCGCGAUCGAAGCAGGACGUGCUCAGACCCUCCUUCACAGUGUAUUGACAUCCACUGAGGUCGUUCUAUCCGAUACGUCCUGGAGGAUGAGCGCUGAUACACAACACCAAGUCAUGACGGCUCUCUCCGAGAUGGCGGACACUCACCCAUGGAGGUCCGACUACCACGCCCUCCUCCCGACGCUUAGCCGUCUGGUCGCGGACUCCUCGUCCGAUCGUACGACCCGUGCCGCCGCUUUGAAACUGAUACGAGUGGUGCAAGAUGUCCCAAAGAUGAUCCACCAGGCCCACCUACUCGAGAUGCCUCGGCUAGCCGGUGACUACAGCUCAAGAAUGUUGUUGGCACAAAUGGAAACCGCGGAUACGGUCGUGCUCCCUAAGCUGUCUACAGUAGGAGCCUUUGAACUCCCUUCGGAUGUGCACGGUAAGCUCUUUACCUCCGCCGUCGCAGGCGAGGGACUGACACCAUCAUCGUUCAUUUCGGACUGCCGAAGAGCGACGCACCAGGCAUACCUCCUCCUCCUCUUCACCAAAACCAGAUUUGGCUUCGUAUACUGCAACACAGAUACAGACAGGCUUCACUCACGACACUGCACAUGGUAG